CGGCGACGGCGGCGGUGUGGUAGUGAAGCUUCCGGUAGAGGUUGAACGUUGGGCCGUGUUGCGUGUGUGUACACACGGGACACCGUGCGUCGUGGCCAGUCGUGGCGUUCGAACGUCCUGCUGCGCCUAUCAAGACGGCUGUUGCUGUCUCUUACGAGCGUUCUGUUGACGUGAGUCGUGCGAGCGGGCGAUUUCUCCGGAGAUUCUCGUGACGAGUCUACAUAGAUACGGCCGUUGCAGAUAUUCGUGUAAAGUAAACAGCACUCUUGAGGGAGGAGCAAGGUGCGGAGGUGGUGAAAGAAGAGUAGGAGAAGAAGGAGGAAGGAGGAAGGUAGAAGGAGCAAGAGGAGGAGGAGGAGGAGGAGGAAGAGAAACAGAAACAGAAGGAAGAAGCGCGGCGAUCGCGACGUGCUUGAUCCGCGAUUUCGUGUUGCGCGAAGGGCAACUCGCUCUCUUUACUAGAUCUUCGCGACCUGCUCGGUGACGCUCGCGUUCGUCCACCCACGCGCACCGGGCACGGGGAGGAUAGUAAGGCGCGUGGCGAUCACCCACGAGAAGAGGAGGAGGAGGAGGGGGAGGAGGAGGUCGAAGCGAUGGCGACGACGGGGAACGACCGUACGGUGACGGCGUCGACGUCGACGUCGACGCCAGGAGGGAUGUCGAUCCCUUCUACAACGACGACAGCGACGACAACGGCAUCGUCGUCGUCGUCAUCGUCGCGCGACAACGCGUGCCAGGAGAAUCGACCGUUGGUCGUCGACGGCGAGGUGGACAGCCGUAUCCUGUUCUACGCCUGCAGCCUGCGGCGACGGCGCCGACGACUGUCACGGCAGUCGUACGAGGGUGACGACAACAGGGCGACAGGGAAACAGCAGCAGCAGCAACAGCAUCAGCAGCAGCUCGCCACCCAUCCGUCCGAAUCCAGCGCGCUGUCCUACGUGCUCGCGCGACAGAUCGACGACAAGGUCGACUACUGCCGGAGCCUGAUCACCGCCAGAUUCGAAAACUCCGAGAAUCUCUACAGGAAGGACCUGCUGUCCCAUUACGGAUGCGUCAACGCGAUCGAGUUUUCCAACCAGGGCGACCUGCUUGUGUCUGGGGGUGACGACAGAAGAAUUCUAUUAUGGAGAGUGGAGCAGGCGAUACAGGGUAUGGGCAAGCCCACCGUGAUGAAAUCGCAACACGUUAGCAAUAUAUUUUGCCUUGGUUACGACAGCAGCAAGACUAAGAUAUUCUCCGCGGGGAACGACGAUCAGGUCAUAGUCCACGAUUUGCGCACGGGCGAGUCCCUUAAUAUCUUCCUGCACGAGAAACCUGUCUACGGGCUGUCCAUUCAUCCGCACAAUGACGAAGUCUUUGCCAGCGCCUGCGACGACGGUAGAGUCCUCAUUUACGACAUACGUAGCAACAACGCUAUGGAAACGUUGGCACAAUAUAAAAGCGCCUUCCACUCUGUCAUGUUUAAUCCCGCGGAUCCCAGAAUGCUCGCUACUGCCAAUGCUAAGGAAGGUGUCAGCAUGUGGGAUAUACGGAAACCUUUGGAGCCUGUAUUGAGUUAUGGAAGCCCGCAGCAGAGUUGCAUGAACGUCAGAUUUAACUCGAUGGGUAACCGAUUGUUGGCCUUACGAAGAAGAUUACCACCGGUUCUUUACUCGGUCGAUUCUCCCACGUACUUAUGCGAAUUCGAUCAUCCGGGAUAUUAUAACAGUUGUACCAUGAAAUCGUGUUGUUUCGCCGGCGAGAACGAUGAAUACGUUCUCUCAGGUUCGGACGACUUUAAUCUAUACAUGUGGAAAAUUCCUCCUAUGGAAGGCAAACCAUGGGUGGAAUCCGCCCACAUGGUGUUGCGCGGUCACAGAUCGAUCGUCAAUCAAGUUCGAUACAAUCAAGCGAGCUGCAUCUUCGCGUCGUCCGGCGUCGAAAAAAUCAUUAAGAUCUGGAGUCCGUUUCCACUCGGAAUCGGAUGUUUGGGAGGAUUGAAGAGAGAUGCUGGCAAGCGCGAGAAACAGCGCCGAGUAUUCACGCACGACGAGUAUAUAGGACUGGUUCUACGUAGCGGACAGUUUAUGACCCACGAUUACAGCCACCAGUCAACUAAGGAAGACCCGCGAAUGAUGGCCUUUUUCGAUUCCCUAGUGCAGCGCGAAAUUGAAGGAUGGAGCUCCGAGGACGUGCCAACGCCACAUACGCCCAGCGAUUCUGAAAUAAAUCCGGCAACGGGCGAGCCGUAUAGCGUGACAGAAGGCGAUGAUACUACGGCGUCGGAAGGCGGUGUAGCUCCCGAGAGGCCGUUAGAGUCGCCGAAUCGUAUAACUCGGCUUAUCGCGAAUCGCAGAGAAAAACUCAUGCGAAUGGCCGCGAUGGAGCGGUCUGCCUCAGAUUCCGGUAGCGAAGGAGACAAUGCUCACUCGAGGCGUAGAUCCAAAUCGAAAUCGAAAUCGAAAAGCAUCAAGAGGAAACACACCAGACUCUCUGGCAGAAGAAGAUUAUCCGCCAGACGAAAGUGUACUGUGCUAAAAGUCAAUAGUGAUUCGGACAGUGACGACGAACGACCGGUUGACGCGGCUCAGCCCAGUACUAGUUCCGGGGUAAUUUUCCGAAGAUCGCGAUACGUCGCCAGCGCGAUCGAGAAGGAGGACAAGAGUUCGAGCUACAGCAGCAGCAGUAGCUGCGUUUACGAGGACAUUGUCGCUAUCAGUAAACGAAAACAUUCUAAAACCGAUUCGGAUACGUCUACAAAGGCGCACAAACGAAAGCAUCGAAAGUGCAAAAAUAGUUCUCGACACGAUGGUUCCGGUAAGAAUCAGAAUAAACGACAGAAGCUCGAUGACGACUCAGAGGAGGAGGAUAAAACUGCUCCGAGGAAUUGUGUGAACGGUAAUUCGAGUAAAGAUCGUCGUGAGGACGGUCCAUCGACGCCGAACAGCAAAUCGCUUCAAGUUCCUUGCACCCCUGACAGCGGUAUUAAAUCGGGGAUUUCAUCCACGGGCGGGAAAAAUAGCGAGCAGACGCGUAAGGAGCGUAACGACAGAGGCGUGGACGAUAGCUCCGACGAGCAGAAACUGAAACGUUUAGAGUGUUUCCGGAAAAAAGUAGAGGAGUUGGCGAGGAGGAGCUACCGCAAUCGAUCCGCGUCUCAGGCUCAAACAGUUUCGACCACGAGUGAUUCUUCCGAUUAAGCGCUCACGUUUUUCUCAUCGAAAUCCUUGUCCUCUCUCCGAGAUGUGCUCUACUCCGAUCUCCCAUCCCUUUUCCAUUUGUACAUAAUGUAAUCUGUGAUUCCUUGAAAUAUAUUUUUAUAACACUAAGUUGAUCACGCGCGAACAUGCGAUCGAUUCCGUUUCGUUCUUUUUUUUUUUUUAAUCAUAUUUUAGAUCUUGCUCGUCUUUAAUCCCACUCGUCUUUAAUCCCAUCUCUCGUCAAUGUAUCGUGCUUUCCUUCUUUGAAUUUUUCAAAAUUUUUGUUAAAAUCCUUAUAUUAUCAUAUGAUGUAUAUAUAUCAUAUAUAUUAUUCAUAUAUCAUAUGAAAUGUUAUCGAUUUCUUUCGCGAUAUUGCAUAAAUUAACUCAGUGAUUAGAUAGAUGGAAAUUUCGAUAUUUGUUGGUACCAAUCCUGUAUCUAUCAUCCCGCGUAAUGCCAUUGCAACUGUCAGUGCUUGGUCAUCCUCAGCCAGUCUGAGUAUUAUUGUGAGGUGAACGUUUUGCGAAUUUGGCCAUGUAAAUCGUAUCGUAUAACUAAGACAGAGAGCUGCGGCGAAACAGAAACUAUACUAUAGACGCGCGAAUUAACACAUCCGCAUUAACUUGAAAUAUUUGCGGCAACUCGGCUAAUGUGUAUUGUUGACAUGGUUUGUGCGGUGGAAAGUAAUUAAAAGUAAUAAAUUGGUAUACACAUUUUUUUUUCCUAUGUGUUGAACUUUGAAGAAUUAUUGUAACUAUAUUACAUUAUUUAAUCUUGCAUUUAUAUACAUCUUUAUUAACUGAUUACGAAUAAACGAGAAGAAAAUGAAAAACGU